GCCCCGCCCGCGGUCUGCGAUGCGGACGGAUGAGGUUCGUGCGUCAGAGUGCAGCAGACACACCGCAGUCAGUCCCAGCCAGGCAGUCCGCGUCUCUCCGCCAGCUCAGCGCGCUCCGUGGGAAGGACACGCACGUCGGGGACCAUGAUUUUCCUUUCGGCCGUGGCUGUGUUGGCCCUGGUGGUUAUCACUGAAGGAAGUGUUGGGCCGAGCACCAACGGCAGCUUCUGCACGGAGUCAAAGGAAUGUCUCCAGUUCGAAGUGGUCUGCAAAACAGAUGAAUAUGAGGUGCGACACUACAGUCCUACCCGCUGGGUGUCCACGGACGCCGAGGCCUACUUUAUGGGCGUGGGUGCUGCAAUGGCCUUCAGGAGACUGUUUCAGUACAUCACCGGAGCAAACGAAGCAGGCGUCCAGAUGGACAUGACCGCGCCCGUCCUGGUGAAAAUCCCCGAGGAGACCAAGAUGUGGGAGCCUGCCAUCUACACGCUUAACUUCCCACUGCCGGCUGCCUAUCAGGACAAGCCGCCCGCACCCACCAAUGACAAGUUGUACUUCACAGAGAUGCCCGAGAUGGACGUGUAUGUGCGCAGUUAUGGAGGCUGGAUGCUCUCGGUCACCUCCAGGCUGCACGCUCACCUGCUGACUAAAGAACUGGAGAGAGUCCGAGCGUCCUACAACCACAGCUACCACUAUGGAGUGGGCUAUGACAGUCCCUUGAAGCUGUUGAACAGACACAACGAGGUGUGGUACGUGGCCGAGGGGGCGCCAGUCUGCACCGACCCCCAGGAGCCGACCCCGGCCCACACCCCGAGGACGCCCCCCAACUCACCCGCCGACCUUCCGUCGGAUCCCCUCCCUCACUCGCUCUCCGAUUCCCCCUCCCCCACCAACCUGUCGUCGUCCAACGCCUCGGACACGCCCACUCUUCCGCCGUCCGACGCUCCUCCCCGUCCGUCUUCCGCCCGUUCCUCGGCCCGGCCUACGUCCCGGCCUACGUCCCUCACUCCGGCUCAGGUUUCGGUGGACCAGGACCCGGCCGCCAACGCCACCGGGCUCGACUCCGCGGCGCCGGCGCUGGAGCCCCAAGGGAACGCCACGCUUUGGAACGGCACAGCGGACACACAAGCAGGAAGUGGCGCCAAGCAACAACAAGAAGAUGGCGUCUAAGGAGAGGAGAAUGUUACUAUUGCUCCAAUGUCCACCAUGUGUAGGUCCGUGUUCUUUAUAGCAGCAAAGCCACAGCUUCUAUCUGUCAAGUUUGCGUCAUAGAAGCACGUCAAUGUUGCAAAGUUAGAUCAAAGCUACUAUUAAAGGCAGGAAACAGGUUGCGUAUUAUGAAACCCUUCAAGCUUCUGGUCCCUUUUUAGCUAAUAUAACGAGAUCCGAGGAUGCAGCCGCUUGAAUAGUUUCCUAAACGGGAACAGAAAUCCACUCAAUGAACUUUCUCUCCAUAUUUUACCACAAGCGUACAAAAUGUUAAGCAAACUGCAGUAAAUGUCAUCGUCAACUAAUAGAACGUAUUUGUGUCACUGAAAGCUACUUUGUGUGUUCUGAGGACGGUGGAAUAAAAAGUCACAAACUCUUA